GGAGCAUGCCUCUGCCUCGACGGCUACAUGAAGGACCCGGUCCAUAAGCACCUCUGCAUCCGCAGUGAGUGGGGGCCCAAUCAAGGUCCCUGGCCUUACACCAUCUUCCAGCGCGGGUUUGAUCUUGUGAUGGGGGAACAGCCCUCUGAUCGCAUUUUCAGAUUCACAUAUACCUUAGGAGAAGGGAUGUGGCUGCCGUUGAGUAAAAGCUUUGUCAUCCCCCCCGCCGAGCUAGCCAUCAACCCUUCAGCAAAGUGCAAGACUGACAUGACAGUCAUGGAGGAUGCGGUGGACGUAAGGUGA